CCUCGCUUUCAACCAACGCUUGAAAUCUACUUUUGUCAAGGGUUGGGCGCUAGUCUGUUUAGGGAAAAGCCGAAGCCAAAAACUCGAUAAAUCUGUACAUUGUAUUUAAAAGUUGUUGACUAAUGUGCUUUGUUCAAGUAUUGUAGGUCAAGUCUGACAUAAUUUCACCCCAAACUUCAAGUAUUCAGUUGGUUAUUUGUGGCGCAAGGUUAGCUGGCUAACGAUAUCUGAUUAAAACUAGCUUAGCUAACUCAGUAGCUAGUUAGGGUGGCACAUUUUUGGGGAAUUCUUCAAAGCCGACUGAUAUUUGGAAGAAUAUUAUGGCCGAAGCCGACAAAUUAAACAUCGACUCCAUAAUUCAGCGACUUCUGGAAGUUAAAGGCUCCAGACCAGGGAAGAACGUGCAGCUGACGGAGAACGAGAUCCGAGGUCUGUGCCUGAAGUCCAGGGAGAUCUUCCUGAGCCAGCCCAUCCUGCUGGAACUGGAGGCUCCGCUCAAGAUCUGUGGUGACGUCCACGGCCAGUACUAUGACCUGCUGAGGCUGUUUGAAUAUGGAGGCUUCCCCCCUGAGAGUAACUACCUGUUCCUGGGGGACUACGUGGACCGGGGGAAGCAGUCCCUGGAGACCAUCUGUCUCCUGCUGGCCUACAAGGUCAAAUACCCCGAGAACUUCUUCCUGCUGAGGGGGAACCACGAGUGUGCCUCCAUCAACAGAAUAUAUGGCUUCUACGACGAGUGUAAGAGACGCUACAACAUCAAGCUGUGGAAGACCUUCACCGACUGCUUCAACUGUCUGCCAGUAGCAGCCAUAGUGGAUGAGAAGAUCUUCUGCUGCCAUGGAGGCCUGUCUCCAGACCUCCAGUCCAUGGAGCAGGUGCGCCGGGUGAUGCGGCCCACGGACGUGCCUGACCAGGGCCUGCUGUGUGACCUGCUGUGGGCCGACCCAGACAAGGACGUGCUGGGCUGGGGAGAGAACGACCGGGGGGUCUCCUUCACCUUCGGGGGCGACGUCGUCACCAAGUUCCUCCACAAGCACGACAUGGACCUCAUCUGCAGAGCUCACCAGGUGAGGGAGGGAGUUAUCUGCUCCUGCUGGUGGUGUGAGUCUUCCUGGAGACUCACCCUCUCUGCUCCUGCUGGUGGUGUGAGUCUUCCUGGAGACUCACCCUGUCUGCUCCUGCUGGUGGUGUGAGUCUUCCUGGAGACUCACCCUCUCUGCUCCUGCUGGUGGUGUGAGUCUUCCUGGAGACUCACCCUGUCUGCUCCUGCUGGUGGUGUGAGUCUUCCUGGAGACUCACCCUGUCUGCUCCUGCUGGUGGUGUGAGUCUUCCUGGAGACUCACCCUCUCUGCUCCUGCUGGUGGUGUGAGUUUUCCUGGAGACUCACCCUCUCUGCUCCUGCUGGUGGUGUGAGUCUUCCUGGAGACUCACCCUGUCUGCUCCGUCAGGUGGUGGAGGAUGGCUAUGAGUUCUUCGCUAAGAGACAGCUGGUCACCCUCUUCUCUGCUCCUAACUACUGCGGGGAGUUUGACAAU